CUGAAUUCAGAAGGAUGUGUGAUCAAACCUUCCUAGUUGUCCUGUUCGGCCCUUGUUCCAAAUGCAACAGAGAAAGACCUUUACGGACCAUAUACAGCAAGGCUGGGCCAGUGACUGUCUGUUCGCUAUGCGUGGAAUUGAUGGCAACCGAGGGAUUGCAGGAGAAUGAGACCCUGGCCACCCUGAAGAAUGAAGCAGAGAGCCUGAAGGGGAAGCUGGAGGAGGAGAGAGCCAAACUGCAUGAUGUUGAAUUGCACCAGGUGGCAGAACGCGUGGACUCUCUUGGUCAGUUUGUUAUGAAAACAAGGAGGACACUGAAGGGCCAUGGUAAUAAAGUACUCUGCAUGGACUGGUGUAAAGACAAGAGAAGAAUUGUGAGCUCAUCUCAGGAUGGAAAAGUGAUUGUGUGGGAUGCUUUUACAACAAACAAGGAGCAUGCAGUCACCAUGCCCUGCACAUGGGUGAUGGCCUGUGCAUAUGCCCCAUCUGGUUGCGCCAUUGCUUGUGGGGGUCUUGACAAUAAGUGCUCUGUGUACCCUCUGACAUUUGAUAAGAAUGAAAACAUGGCUGCAAAGAAGAAAUCAGUGGCGAUGCAUACCAACUACUUGUCUGCCUGCAGCUUCACAAACUCCGACAUGCAGAUCCUGACAGCCAGCGGAGAUGGGACAUGUGCUCUAUGGGAUGUGGAAAGCGGACAGCUGCUGCAAAGCUUUCAUGGACAUGGAGCUGAUGUAUUGUGUCUGGAUCUGGCACCUUCUGAAACAGGAAAUACCUUUGUGUCUGGAGGCUGUGACAAGAAGGCAAUGGUAUGGGACAUGCGCACUGGCCAGUGCAUUCAAUCAUUUGAAACUCACGAAUCUGACAUCAACAGUGUCAGGUAUUACCCUAGUGGAGAUGCCUUCGCCUCUGGGUCAGAUGAUGCCACGUGCCGAAUGUAUGACCUCCGAGCAGAUAGAGAAGUAGCCAUCUAUUCUAAGGAUAGCAUCAUUUUUGGAGCCUCAAGUGUUGAUUUCUCCCUCAGCGGUCGUCUCUUGUUUGCGGGAUACAACGACUACACAAUCAAUGUUUGGGAUGUCCUGAAAGGGAGCCGAGUCUCCAUUCUUUUUGGGCAUGAGAACAGAGUCAGCACAUUGCGUGUUUCUCCAGAUGGGACAGCGUUCUGCUCAGGGUCAUGGGAUCACACUCUGAGGAUCUGGGCUUAAUACAUUUUUGUGAAGAAACAACUUAUAAGCAUCUUACGGUACUGGCAAAAGUUACUGCAGGUCCCAGCAUUGGACACACUACAGGUUUUUCUUUUUUUCAUAUUGUGAUAUCACUUUCCUCAGUCUUCGGUUAUUCCAGAUGUAUCUCCUGAAGUUGACAUACUCCACAGAACAUGUCCAGUCCCAGCUGCUUGUAUAUGGAACUAUCCCUGUGUAUUUAUUGAAGGCAAAACUUGAAGAGUUUGGUAUUUUUUGAACUAUCACACUAAAGUCAGUGGUUUCAUAUGACUCAGUUCAUCAGUUCGCUAAUAUAGUAAGCUUUCUAUUGUGACUGGUUUAGUUUGCUGCUGGCCAUGAACGUGUUGACUGUGUCUUUCACACUGGCUAGUCUCAUGGCUCCUACACAUGGGCGAUGGAAUAAGGCCCUCACUGUGUGUGUGUCAUAUUUGCCUACUCUCCGGGAGUGUCCGGGAGACUCGCACAUUUUGAGGAGCUCUCCAGGACUCUCAAGGAAAGAAGUGCAGCCUCCCAAAUGCCACCUACAGCACUGGUGGAGAGGGUGGUAUGGAGCAUUGUGUUGUGAUUUAUGCCAUCAUGGCCCCACCCCUCUUUGUGAUGCCAUAAAUUGCUGUAUUCCCCAUGGGGGUGAAGGGGGUAGGGGUUCGGCAUAACACUGACAUUCAUUUCUGCACCACGCACCCUGCACCUCCCACCUCUGCUCUCCCAUCCGGAUCUCUGAGAGGCCAAUUUAAAAAUGAGGUAAGUUUGCUGCAUGCUCUUAGUCUUUUCAUACUUAUAGUAUGGCUUUCGAAAAAGCAUUUGCUUCACUUCAAUGUAAAUGUUCUUCUCAGCUUUCAUGAUCAGUAACUCUGGGUACUUAGCAGGCUAUACUGCAGGGAAGCUUUAAGAACACAAUUGGAUCGUUCUGUUUUGUCUCCACAAUUAACAGGCCUUGUUUUUCAAGGCACAUGUGUACAGACCUUAAUUAUUGCUGAGCUAUGAGAAAACAUAUAUAUUUUUGACAGCAAGCAAAUAGUUUGACUGCAGCUGAAAAAAAUAAUAUAUACAUCAACCAGUUACGUAAUUUCAAAAAAUGACAGGAAACAUUGGCAUUGAUCACAAUUUUUAUUUUUAUUUUUUAAAUAUAAAGUAACCUGGUGGCUUGAGAUGAUUGAUUGCAGAGAAGGAAAUCCACCCCAGAUCCCUGUAUCCCCAGUAAUCCCUGUGGUCCCUCAGUAGCUGUUGAUGGAGCCUCUAAUCACGUCAGCUUGCAGUGUUGCACUGUAUCACCUAAGGUGUAUUCAUCACCGUUCUAUGUACUUCAACAAACACUCUUAUGUGUAUCCAAAUACUUCCAAACAUUCUAUCUGCCAACCUUAUAACAAGUUCACUUUGGGGUAUAAUGAUUGCCAUUUCUUAUUAUAGGCAGCAUGUAGCAUUAUGUAGCAUAUACUAUUAUACUAUUAAGAAUGUUCGUGAAAUUAUUUUUUACAUGUAAAAGUAGACCUCUUUCAUCACACAUAUGUAUUGCACCUAAUCAUUAUAUUUACCUAUGUACAUACUGUAUAUAUGCAUUGAAUGAUUAGUAAUAUACCUAGCCUAUUUGUGUCCAGACCUUUUGCACAUAGAGAUUGGAGCACAGCUGGUUUUGUAGCUGCAGUUAUGUAUGUGAUGAAUGCAGGAAGAAUGCUUGUAAUUGUGACAUGCAUGUACAGUGUGCUGCAAUUACUCACUCCUGCAUUCACAAUAAUAGGAAUGUAGGUACCUGAGCCUCAGUAAACCAUAAUAUGUAAUAAAGUGUGAGCACAGUAUAGCAUGAGUGGGUUUUAUUUGAUAUCCUCCACCAUCCACAAAAGUGCACAUUUUUCAUACAGUGGGGGAGAUGUAUCAAGUCUCGGGCAACUUCUCCACGUUAUCUCUCUCCAAGGCUUGAUACAGCUCCCUUAGUAAAUGUGAAAGUGUUUUGACAUACUUAUGUGGAGGAUGAUUUGUAUUUUUUCUCUGAAUGCCAGAACAACUGCAUUGACUCUAACAAUCAAUCUUUCUAAUACUGAGCGUGUAUUGUCAUUUCCUUGUGAUAGUCCCCUGACAACACUAAAUAAACGCUGAUUUGUGCUACAGAA